AUGUUAGUAUUGAAAAACAUGUUCCUUGACAAAAUAAAACCAACUACAGAAAUAAAUGACGCAAGACUGAAACUUUGGGUAAAAGCUUUCCCAUUCACAAAAGAUAUUAUUGGUAACAUGGAAAGAAAACCAGAAUGGCUACAAAAACAUAUAUUUGGAAACGAGCUUAUUCCAUAUGGACAAGCUCUGUUUGAAGAGCUUGAACCGGAAACUCAGGAAAGAGUCAUGCAAACAAUACGCGAAGACUCAAAUACAAACUAUGACAAAAUCUUUCUAGGAUAUAGGUUACCUGAGAUGGGCGACCAGAGCCCAAAGGCAAAAAGGACAUGGGAAAUUUACAACAUACUAGGUGAACAUGAGGCAAAGAUGCAACAACUUGAAGCAGAGGGCAAGUUACCAAAGAAGAAGAGAAGAGUAGAACAAAGUGAAAGUAGUGAAGAAGUAACUUCAUCUAGUGAAAGUAGUGGCAAUGAAGGAAAAAGAAGAGUUAAAAACUCAGUCAGGAAGAAAGUAAAGCUUGGUCCACGUGGGUUCUAUUAUGACAUAUAA